GACUGCCAAAAGUUGUGUGCAUUGGAUGUUGGGUGCACGUUCCUCGAAUCAAAUUGUUGCGAAAUUAUGGAUAAUUCGGAAAUGCAAGCUGAUGAAGCGGCUGCCGAGGCACCACCCAUUUGCCUGAUAGUCCUGGGUAUGGCAGGCUCCGGAAAAACAACACUCGUAAAGAAACUUUCCAGUUUUAAUUACGACAAACUGAAACCCUACGUUAUCAACCUGGAUCCCGCCUGCAAAGAAGUUCCAUAUCCUGCGAGCAUAGACAUCCGCGACACAGUCAACUACAAAGAAGUCAUGAAACAAUACAAGCUCGGACCAAACGGUGGCAUCGUCACAUCCCUCAAUCUCUUCUGCACAAAAUUCGGGAAAGUCAUUGAAUUAAUCGAGAAAGCGGGCAAGGCGGGUCACAAAAUAUGUGUACUCGACACACCAGGCCAAAUAGAAGUAUUCACAUGGUCAGCAUCCGGAACGAUAAUAACAGAAGCGCUGGCGACCGCGUUCCCGACCAUAGUCGUUUACGUUAUGGAUGUGGUGCGAUCCACCAACCCCACAACGUUUAUGUCUAACAUGUUGUAUGCAUGCUCGAUUCUGUACAAGGCUCGUUUGCCGUUUAUUGUAGCAAUGAAUAAGAUUGACAUUGAGGAUCACAACUUCGCGUUGGAAUGGAUGACGGACUUUGAAGCGUUUCAGGAAGCCCUCGAAAAGGAGCAGACCUAUGUAGGUAAUCUGACACGGACAAUGUCAUUGACUCUUGAUGAGUUCUACAAAGAUUUGAAAGCGUGCGGAGUCUCAGCGAAAAUGGGCAUCGGAUACGAUAGGUUUUAUGAGUUGGUGGCGGAGGGCGCGAAAGAAUAUGAAGAGGACUACAAGAAAGAAUACGACAAACUUAGGAUACAGAAAGAGGAAGAGAAAAAGAAAUCAGAAAAACUGCAGGAAAUAGCAUCGGCAAAAGGUUCUGGUGUUGAAGUCCCAUUGGUGCCUUUCGUAUCAGAAGUCAAUUCCGGUCGCGAGCUGGCUGACGUCUACCUGAAACACCCGGGCAACGAGAGCUCCGAGGACGAGGAAGGCGACGAAGAACGUCCAGUUGCUUUUGGCGACGAUGAAUUAGAAGAUCAAAAUUUCAAUGAUUUCAUGCAGAAACGAAAAGAAACUCAAAUUGAUAAAGCAAAUAAAUCGCAAUCGUGAAUAUAACAUAAA